UCCCACAGCAAGUACCUCCAUUUAAAAAGCACAGCAACAAGCAGAAAACGAAAUGAGUCCCAGCAUCACUACCGAGGCCAACCAGUCUCUCCCUGCCAGGUCCACCGUGGCCCAGAGAAAACAAGCCAACGAACUGAGAAAGACUCUUAAACCCUUGCUGGAGAAGAGAAGACGUGCUCGUAUUAACGACAGUCUCGGGCAUCUGAAAAGCCUGAUUCUCCCUCUGGUUGGCAAAGACAACGCUCGCUACUCCAAGCUGGAGAAAGCUGAUAUUCUGGAAAUGACAGUCCGCUUCCUCAGAGACCUUCCCUCCACUCCAGUUAAAGACUCUGCAGACAGUUAUAGAGAAGGCUACAAAGCCUGCCUCCAGCGCGUCUCCGCUCUGCUCCCCAAAACCAGCCUCGAUCAGGACGCGUGUCAGCGGGUGAACGAAUUCGUCCAGCAGUCCAUGUCCGCCACAGUCACCCCAACCUGCCUGAACUGCUGCGCUCAGAGCUCCAGGACUCUCCCUCAGAUCCAACAGAGACUUCUGAGCCUCAAAUCCAGCUUCAGCUCCAGACUGGAGAGCCAGUCCCGCAGCAGCAGCGGCGCAGUUGCUCCCAGCCGAGCGCAGCCAGGCCCGCAGGCUGUCAACACAGCCAUGUGGAGACCUUGGUAGAUUUCUUCAGUUUUCAGUUUCUUCCAAAAGCCUGUGAAAACUGUAAAGUGUUUGAUAUGUAGGCAGCAUGUUGAGAUAGCAUCACUUGUAAAUAUACACAGUGAUUGAUGAAAGCCAGAAUUCAUCGUUAAAUCGUAUUGGUUGAGUAUUAUAUACUUACGCUCUGCGCACGAGUCUGUUGUCCUGUUUAAGUUGACAAGUUUAGGCGGUCGUAUUUUCUUAAAUCUGCAUGUAUGUAUACGGUAAAUAUUUAGUCCUCUCCGCGGACUAAGUGAUGAAGGGCCAUUGAAACAGCCCUGUAAGACCCAAAGGGUCAGUGUGUAUGAAUUUGCACCAUAGACCUCAGUGUCCUGAGUCUGUGCAGAUGAACUCUGUAGACAUGUUAUGUGUCAUUGUAAGUAUCUCUGUGGGGAUGUUUUAUUUUUGCUAUUUACAGCAAAUGUUGUAUAUAUGUUAUAUAAACAAAUAAAACUGCCAU